UCUAGGGAACCACCUUUUCAUGACCUGUAUGUUUCCAGGACCCAGAGACGUGCAGGUCGGAUCAGAGCCAACCCAGGCAGGAGGAGGCAGAAGCUCACGUCACAGGAACAGCUUUUUUCCCUCUUCCAUCAGACUGACUGAUUCGUGAAAAUCCCAUUUUAUUUUAUUCCAAAGCACUUUCCCAGUUGGUGGGAUCCUCACUGACCUUGGCAUUAAAGCUGAUUCUGAAGCAACACACACACACACAUACACACUCAUUCUCUCUUUUCUCUCUUCUCAUGUGGAGAAACAUUUGUUGUGUUUUCACUUCAAAACUGCCUUUCAUCAUCUGCAUCUAAACCCAGAGGACGAUAUUUUUGGGGGGUUGGACCCUUGUCCUUGCCCAAUGUCUCACCGUCCGUGGUGUUGGGCGUGGCUAAGGAGCGCGUCACGUGAGCGGCGCGUCUGCCUGGUGCCCCGGAUCUCUUUGUUGUGUUCGCAGCAGCUCCGCGGCCUCAUCACCGCCUCAUCACUGCCGAGGCUGCCGCCGCAACAUCCGCAGACAGCGGGGACGAUGCUGCCGCCUGCAGCCGCCCGGAGCGUCUCCUCCGCGGCGCUUUGAGCUCCACGUUUCCGUCUCCUCCGCAGCUCGUUGACUCACGUCGUUGUUUCCGGACACCUGCCUGCACGGGCUCGAGGAGGAGGCUCGGGCAUGGAUGCUGCGGGGAGGGGCCCCGGAGGGCGGCUCCUGCUGUCAGCCUGCGUGCUGUCGCUGCUGCUGCUGCGGGCUCGCGCCUCUUACAGUCCGCAGGGGGCAGAGUGUCGCGGCCGGGGGAGGGACUGCACAGAUUUGUCAGAGAAGAAAAGCGACCUGCGUGUGUGUGAUGAUGCCACCUGCAGGUUCGGAGGAGUGUGCAAAGACGACGGUGCGCAGCUCAGAUGCGUAUGUCAGUUUCAGUGUCACAAGAACUACAUCCCCGUCUGUGGGUCCAACGGAGACACGUACCAGAACGAGUGCUUCAGGAGGCAGGCGUCGUGCCGACAGCAGAGGCUCAUCUCCAGGAUAUCAGACGGGCCGUGCUCGGCGGAUCCAGGAUCAGGAUCAGGAGAUGCUGACGAAGGCGAUGGUUCUGGCUCGGACGUCAGCAGAAAGUUUACCAAGUGCAGCUCCUGUAAAUACGGAGCUGAGUGUGAUGAAGAUUCAGAGGAUGUAUGGUGCAUCUGCAACAUUGACUGCAGUGGUCACAACGAAAAUCCCGUCUGUGCAACUGACGGGAACUCGUACAACAACCCCUGUCUGGUGCGUGAGGCCUCAUGCAUGAAGCAAGAGCAGAUCGAUGUGAAACACCUGGGCUGGUGUCAAGCUGACAAGGAUAAACUAGGAAAGAAAGAUGACGGUGCGCCCUUCAAAAUAAAAGUCUUGGAGACGAAGGGACUGGAACAUGGAGACGGCCUCUCCGCCGGCGUGCCGGUCGCCUGCUCCGACAGCUACGCCGGCUUCUGUGUUUACGGUAAAUGUGAGAUCAAGUACAACGUCGCCACCUGCAGGUGCGACGCCGGUUACAAGGGUUCUCAAUGUGAUGAGCGCCAGGAUUUCAAUGUGCUCUAUGUAGUCCCCAGUGGACAGAAGCUGCAUUACGUGCUCAUCGCCACCAUCAUUGGAGCCGUUCAGAUCUCCAUCAUCGUCGCCGUGGUGACCUGCAUUGCUCGGAAAUGUCCAAAGAACACCAGGGGGCGCAGACACAAGCAGAACCUAGGCCACUUCCCGUCCGAGACCAACUCCAGGAUGGUGUAGUUUCUCUUUUUAUACUUUUUUAACCUCGAGGGAACGGCACGAUUUUGUAUUGAACAGAAUUGAACCACCGUCACUUUGCUAUGUUCUCACCGCGUCCUGAGUCGCGGUGAAGUGAUUGUGUAGUUUUGUGGCGGUCCUUCUCCCCCCCCGCCCCCACAAUGACUUGUCUGACAGGAAAUGUCGCUGUUGAUGGUUUUUGUUUGGCGGUACAAACACUUUUUUUACUUCGACCAGUUUCGGGGUUCUUGUGUGACCUUGAGUUUGUACACGUCGAGAGCGUCGGCAUGUUAGUGGAACCGUGUUCGUGAUGUAGUUUUGGAAACGCUGCUCGAUGUCAAUGAAUGUUUUUAAUCGAUGAUUGUAAAUCUAAAGUUGUUUUCUUGAACGUCAGACUACUUUCCUCCUCCAGAAGUCAGGCGUGCCCGCGGACUUAUGCUUUAAAGAAACUUUAAAGUUUUAGGCUUGGCAAACUUUGGUCGUCUGCGCCUUGCUAACAAACUGGGAAGGGACUCUGGAGCUGUCAUGUGACAGAGGCUCGCCAGUCCACACUGACAGCGCUAAUGUAGCAGUGCGCUAAUGGUCACAGUUUAAAACAAUUAUGUGAAUAUUAAAAUAUCUUAAAAUGAUCUAUGGACUUCCUUUCACCUUCCAAAACAUUCAAGGAAAUGUACGACAGAUAUGAUUUGUUACCUUGGUCCUGUGUGGUCACCAGGGGAUGAAGGGGCCACAGAAGAAGGUUGAGCCUGACCAAAGCACAAACAGAACCGAAACAUGUUAGCAUUUGUUAGCAUUAGUGUCAACCGUUGACAAUCUUCGCGAUAGCAGGAGGUGUUUUUGUCGAGACAUCAGUGACAUUUCUGUACUGUCUUAGUCCUUCCUGAUGUCAAAGGUCAUUGUGACGAGAAUGUGUGCAUGUAAACUUCCUGUUUGUGUCAAUAAACUGUUUGAUUUGUGUGUGUUUGUGCAUGUGUGUGUGUUGGUGAUGUGCAUGUCUUUGAGCUUCUAUGUUUGUGUGUGUGUUUCCUGUCUGGCCGGUGCAGAAAUGUAUCCAAGCAGUCAGUAGAAAUGAAUUAGACUGGUUGUGUUUCUGU